AUGGCCUCCCGGGAGUUCAGAUCCCCCUUUUCAACGCUUCCAGACGAACUCGUCACGCAAAUCCUGAACUGGUCCACAUUCGAUAAAUACAGAUUUCCCUCCCGUGCCUUUUGCGUCAUCAUCUCUCUGGCACUAGUCUGUCGUCGCUUCCACCGCAUUGUCACGCCUUUCCUAUUCGAGGAUAUCGGCUGCUCCAAAGUCGAUCAUACCAUCGUGCCUCCCUGCGAACAGAUUUUACAGCUGCACCGGGUUCUCAAAUACAACCCACAGCUUCGGUCAAAAUGCUUCUACCUGUGCAUCGAAAUCGACCAUCAUGCCAUUACAACAAACGAGGACUUUGCGGUGGCCCGUGACCUUGUCUCUUGGUUGACCAACGUACGGACUCUGUUGCUUGUAGGCGGGUUUGAGAGGUGGCGUGCUGUCGGUCCUCGUCGAGGCGCGUUAGCACCGAAGCGGAGACAUCGCCAAAACGUGUUAAACCUGAUUCGCCAUGCCAGCCAAAGCAUGCCAGCGCUCAAGGACUUCCAGAUCAUUGAUGUAAGUGACGCCGAUAUUCCAGGGAUCACUUUGGCAGAGGCCAUGGACUACAUCGAGUUUCCGUCUCUGGAGGAAUUGAAUCUACACAUUAAUGGACGUUCAGAUUCCGCUCGAAUUUCGAAAAUCGCAAAGAAAUCUCGAUGUGCACCAAUGAAACGAAUCAGUCUCAAUUAUUGCAAAGACACACACGAGGCACUUAUCGAAUUUAUUCGCUGGCCAAAGGCGCUGACGAGCCUGGCUAUCCGCACCAAAGGAAGACAUUUGGAUCCAUUUGUUCCAUAUGACUUCCAGGAAUUGUUCUCUGUUCACAAGGACACUCUUACUUUCCUUAAUAUCGAGCUGGGACGCAAUGGAUCACUAUUCGACGUCUCCAACUUCCCAAACCUCGAAGUUCUCGAACUGUCCCGGGGUUGGGAUCCACUCAGCAGAGCGCUGAAAUGGUCGCCUUCCCAUGCAGAUCUCCUCCUCGCUCCUAAUCUGCACACCUUGGUCAUAAAAUUUGACGCUUGUACCGAGUCCCUAAGACACCUCCUUAAUUUCGGAGACUUGGAAGAGGAGUGGAGUCGUGAAUUCGCUAGAACUGCCGCGGUGAUAAACUCGAAGCUGGCGUGCAUCAAUCUCCAGGUUGGCACGUCGUCUUGCGAGAUCUCUGGAACCAAUGGGGAAUCGCAAUCGCAUGCCCUCGCAGACCUCGCGGGUGACAUUAAGAUGUAUGGGGUGACAUUAAGACACAGCGAAGAAUUGAACCUAAUAGGAAUGGUAGGAGGCCAUGCAGAUUGGGAUGAGGAAGAAAACAUUGAUGGGAGGGAAUAUGGAAGUGAUGCGCUGUGA